AUGUUCAAUCCAGGAGAAGUGCCAAAUAAUUUAAAGGUUGCGGAGGGAAGGAUGAGAGAAGGCUCAAGUUUCCAAGAAGCAGAAGAGAGCAAACAAAAGUUGCAAAGUGGGUACUCUCAGUUAACAAGUGAGAACCAGAGUCUCAAGACCCAGGUUCUUUCUCAAUCUGAGCGUGCUGCAAAAGCUGAAACUGAAGUUCAAACCUUAAAGAAAACUCUAGAUGAGAUACAAGCUGAAAAAGACACAGUCCUUCUUCAGUACGAGCAGAGUUUGGAGAAGUUAUCUAAACUGGGGAGAGAACUAAAUGAUGCACAAAUGGCUGUUGGAGGGCUCGAUGAACGAGCAAGCAAAGCUGAUAUUGAAACUACAAUAUUGAAGGAAACCCUUGUGGAAUUAGAAGCGGAGAGGGAUGCUGGUCUUCUUCAGUACAAUCGUUGUUUGGAAAGGAUAUCUAGCCUGGAGAGCAUGUUAUCUUUCGCCCAAAGGGAUGCAAAAGGACUUAAUGAGCGAGCUAUUAAAGCAGAAACUGAAGCUCAAAAUCUCAAGCAAGAACUUUCUAAACUAGAGGCUGAAAAGGAAGGUUUUUUUCUUCAGUACAAGCAAUGUCUUCAGCAGAUAUCUGUUCUGGAGACUAAAAUCUCAGUUUCUGAGGAAAAUUCCAGAAUGCUUAAUGAACAAAUUGAAAGAGCUGAAGGUGAAAUCAAAUCUCUGAAGGAAUCUCUGGCUAUACUGAAGGAAGAGAAAGAAGCUGCAGCUCUUCAAUACAAGCAGUGCAUGGAUACAAUUUCUAAGAUGGAAAGUGAAAUUUCUCAUGCUCAAGCAGAUGCUGAACGACUGAAAAGCGAAAUUUUGACAGGGGCAGCAAACUUAAAGAGUGCCGAAGAACAAUGCGUUCUCUUGGAGAGAUCAAAUCAGUCUCUGCGGAGGAGCACUUGCGGUUUGUGCAAGCUGAAGCCACUCUCCAAGCUCUACAGAAGUUGCACUCCCAAUCCCAAGAGGCGCAGAAAGCUUUAG